AUGUACUAUGUAGUGCACUUAGAACAAAUACUAAGCAUUGCAAGUAAAAAGGCAACAGGAUUGAGGACACUGGACAGGACUAUUGGACUUAUCUAUGUAUUAAGUUUAUAACGUUUUAAUUGUUUCAUACUUUUGUGUUUCUAAAAUAAUAUUUAGUUUCUUUUUUUAUAAAAUAUAUAAAUCAACAUAAAAGCAUUACAAUUUUAAAACAUGGUCAAUAGUAAAUAUUACACUACUAUUUUAUCUCAAACAUUUUCUCCUUGUGGGAAUUAUUUGAUUACUGGUAAUAAUUAUGGAAUAUUAACAGUUUACAAUUUAAAAAAUGAAUUGCAGUCGGGAGUUGAAUUCAAAGAUCAGAAUUUAUCAGCUGGGGGUCGAUCUUAUGAAUUCGAGAUGAUACGUAAAAUGCAAAUAAACAGCAUGGAAUCGGGUGAAAAAUUUUUGAUAAUUGGUGGUGUUGGUCUUAUUGUUGGAGUGGAUUGGGAAACUAUUAUUGAUAAUAAUUUUGGCGAAAACUCAAAAAUUGAACCUCUCAGUAUCAGUUGGAGUAUUAAUAUUCCAUCACCCAAGGAUUCAAUGUUAACUAUAGAUGUAAAUUGUUUAAUAUUGAACAAAGAGGAUAAUGUCUUGUAUGCUGGCUGUGGUGACAAUACUGUUUAUGCAUUUAAUUUAGAAUGUGGUGAUGUUAUACAGAAAUUUGAAGGCCAUAGUGAUUUUAUUCAUUCUAUUGAUAAACUAGAUGAUACAAUCGUCUCAGCUAGUGAAGAUGGAUCUGUCUUAUUUUGGGAUGUUCGUUCUAAAGAAUAUUCAUCAAAAAUCAUCCCCAGCAAUAAUCCAGAAAUUAAACGUCCUAAUCUUGGAAAUUGGGUUGGAUCUGUUACAAUCACUAAUGAUUGGAUGUUAUGUGGUGGUGGAACUAAACUAUCAUUAUGGAAUCGAUCAAUGGCUGCUCCCAUGACAGUAUACAAUUGUGUUGAAGAUUCCGGAAUACAUGUUACUAAACUUAUGGAUGAAACAUUAUAUGCCGGAGGAUGCUCAAAAUAUUUUUAUCAGUUAUCAUUUACAGAUGAAAUUCUGUGUAAAAUCGAAACUAGUCCAGUGACUGUUUUCAGUUGUGUUAACCAAGAAAAUCCAUUUAAAGUAACAUGUCUUGCAGGUUCCAGUUAUAAAAUAGAUGUUUGUACUAAUUUAAAUUACAAAAUGACUACACUUGGAAUAUAGAAUAAAUAUUA